GCUGAGGAGGAGCAGGAGGACUUGUGCGCCAUCUGCCUCGAGGAGCUCGUCGUCGGCGAUGCGGCGGCGGGACUGCCGUGCUCGCACAGCUUCCACGAGACCUGCAUCCGGAAGUGGCUUGCGACGCAGCGCGGCUCGCACCGGCGAAUGACUUGCCCCGUCUGUAAGGCCAGCGCG